CGGCAGCUUGUCUGACAAGCAGCAAACAUGGUGUGCUGUGUGGUCACGACUGUGGUGGCAGCUGUUGUGGUGCUGAUAUUGACUGUCAAGUUCAUCUACCAUUACCAGUCAGGACGAUGUACCUCCAAAACAAGACUGGUGGGUAAGACAGCCAUUGUCACAGGAGCAUCUGCAGGUAUCGGGAAGGAGACAGCUCGAGACUUGGCUCAGCGCGGCGCCCGGGUCAUCCUUGCUUGUCGUAAUGUUGAGAAAGCUGAGAGAGUUGCAGAGGACAUCAAGAAGACUACAGGCAACACAGAUGUGGUAGUGAGGCAGAUAGACACCUCAGACCUGACCUCGUCAGGAAGUUUGCUGAAGACAUCCUACGCACAGAGACUGCUCUCCAUAUCCUGGUGAACAACGCAGGGAUGAGUGGUAUGAAGAAGAGGAAGUUGACAGCAGAUGGUCUGGAGGUGACGAUGGCAACCAACCACUUUGGUCACUUUCUGCUGACUAACAUGUUGCUGGGUUAGUACACUCUUGUCUUAUUAUGGUAGUAAAUAUAUGAC